AUGCAGCCAAUGGCAAACUACGUGAGCUUGGGGUCAUAUAAACCAGCGGACCGUUUCAACGUGACCCCACGACGAGCUUAUCGUCAGAAGGGAGGUUAUGCCGUCACUAAUAAACUUGAAAAUCUACUCACUCCUAACCCGUAAGUAUUUUUAUUUUACCUACCUUACUUUACCCUACUUUAGUUUUCUUUAUGCCACCCUACCGUACCCUAUCCUACACUACCCUUCCUUACCCUACCUACCCUACUUUACCUUUCCCUACUCUAACUUCCAUAAUAUUUUUCAAAUUCAAUUUCUCAAAAUUUAAAAUUCAAUUUAAAAUACCUACCGCCUUCAGUUCUUCCACAGUAAACCCAUUUUCCUCCACCUUAAAACCAUUCGUUACAGUACCUCCACCAUUACCGGAAGCGUGCUUUCCUCGCGGGCACCGUCGACCGUAACUCUGAAUCAGUCGUCGAACCAGAGCAGCGUACCAUCCGGGCCAGUGUCCCCAGCCACGGCACGUCAGUAUGAGCCCCACCGUCACGCACACUACGACUUCAAUCAACACUACCCAUCCGAAGACAAUCUGGCCAAGCAUCGCUUAAGCGCGGCCGAAGUGGGGCUGCCCAAGUUGCGGGUGUUUCGAUCGGGCUACGAGGAAGGGAAUGGCACUGAAAUUGGGGGACGGUAAGCAAAUUUGUGAAAAUGUUUUAAUUAAAAAGGUAUAGGCAACUGUAGCUAUAAAAAAUGUAAAUUGUUGUAUUAAAGGUGGGGUUAGGAUGGGAGGAAAGUAAAAGUAAACUGAAGAUAGACUUAGGGUCCAGUCGUGCUAAAAGCAUAUAUCGGUAGAUAAAGGAGAUAAAAAUGUAAGCCUGGAAACGGGCAAAGGUAGGGCAAGACAAAUACGUUAAGAUAGAAAUUGAAGUAUUCAUAAAAUAUGGCAUGCAGGGCCGGGCGCGAGGGGGGGGACGGGGGGGGAACCCCACCUCUCCAGAAAAAAAAAUUUUGAAAAAAGUUGAACGUGGUCCCCCCUGCGGAUUUUCGGAAAAAAAAAUUCGCAGAAAAUCGGCACAGGAGCUACCUGUGCCGAUUUUUUGGACCCCCGCACCCAGACCAAAAGCCCCCGCCCGGCCCUGAUGGCAUGGGUUAGAUUAGGCUAGUUAAACUUAAUUUAGGACUAUAGAAGAGCUGUUAGGACUGGGUUCGGGUUAGGAAAUCGUUGAGGAAGAGCUAUUGCAAGGCUGGUUACAGAGCUAGGCUAUAAUGGGCAAAGGAUGAAGCUAUGGCUAACCCUGUUUAAGGCUAUAGUAGGGUCUGGGUAAGGAUAGCAAAGAUCCAGUGUAAGACUGAAGAAGAUUUAGGGCAGGACUAAGGCUGCUUGAGCUCAGGCUACUGUUAGGGUUAUGACAAUGGCUAGGGAUAUGGCUAGGACUAAGAAUAGGGCUAGAGCCUUUUCUAUGGCUCUGGGCUAGGGCUCUGAGCUAGGGCUCUGGGUUAGGGCUCUGGGCUAGGGUUCUGGACUAGGGCUUCGGACGAGGGCUUUUGGGCUAGGCGGAAAAUUAAAAUCUCAGCCGAAAAAACUUUUCAAGGUAAAAUACGGUGUUUUCUCCCUUAUUCCGCUAAGUUAUUGCAACAAAACAAUAAUCACUCUCUCAAAUAUGACACAGUAAUAAAAAAUGUCACGCGAUUCGAAAAACUGAUAAUUGACGUUGUGAAUAUUUGGGUAUAUAAAAAUCACCAAAUCUAUGAACGUUCGUUCACCAAACGCACUUUCAUUUUUUGGCUGAUAAGAAAGGUGAAAAAAGUCUAUGAAAAUGGCCGCCGGGCACAAAUUUGAUUACAGAAGUUGUAAGCGCCUUGUAAAUGGUCACGUUGUACUCUAAAAAACUUGCAAAAUUUUGAUUUUUAUUUAGUGAAAGAUCAGAAAAAUGAAUUUUUUAAAAUUUUUUUUAGCUUGGCAGAACUGGAGGGGUAAUUUUGGCUUAGAGACAAUAAAAAAAUGAGGAAGAGGUAGGGGGGGGUGGUUAUAAAAGUAAGAAAAGUAUUUUUUUCGGGAUUGGCUGUGCUGGAGGGCAGUUUUAGUUUAAGGGUAGCAAGAAAUGGUAGGGGCGGGGUAGGGUGGUUAUAAAAUUAAUACACUCUUUCUUGGGCAUGGCUGUACUAAAGAAGUAUUAGGUGUUUACAAAAGUUUUUCCACGAUUUGUGUUUUUACCUACAGUACAGGCAGGGACGAUUCCCCCCCCAGAGCCGAUCCGAAAGAAUUUACCUAUCAAAAAGUUGAUGUAAAUGCUUUACCUUUUUUGUAUUUUUAUUGAAAAUGCCAAACUUAUGUCAGAAAAGGGCAAUAUUUUUAAAAAUACCUGUAAUGGUCAAAUUAAAACUCAAUUAGAUUUUGUUUACGGGCAGGUAAAUAAAUAUUAUAGUACACCAAUAGGUACGUUUUUAUGGUAAACAUAUACUUUAAGGUACUUUAAACUCACUUUUAAAUUUAAAAUCAAAAUAAAAAAACAGAUUUUUCUAACUUGCAACAGAUGGAGCAAUGUUAGUUAUAAAGCUAAGGUGGACUGAAGGAGAAUGAUAGAGCUAGCGCUGCGGUAGGGCUAAAGUAGGGCCUUGUUGUUGGGUAGAGGAGGGUCAGGGUAGGAUUGUGGACGAAAGUUAAGACAGGGUUAAGAAUAAGGUUUAAGGUGGGACUAGGGCCAUGUCUAGUGCUAGGACUAAUGGUAGAGUUAAGGCUUAAGUUUGGGCGUGGGCUAGUUAUCAUCCGAGUAAUCAUUCCAAUGUCAUCCUGCCCUGCUCCGCCUUACCCACCCCCCCCUUCCCCCAAAAAAUUUUUCUAAAAAUACCCCCUUUCCCACCUCCCCCCAAAUCGUUCUUAUUAAACUCAAAAAAUAUCGGCUCUUACCAAAUAUAUAUUUAUCACAAAAAUCUCAAAAACCAUGCCCAACAGAAUCUACUAAUAUCAUUAUUUUCUAACAUGUCAAAGACACCUAACCACCUGUCUUCAAUCAGCUCUUUACACCUAAAAACAUUUUUCUUUUAUCUGUAAAUUAUCAUCCGAACGCUUAAUUGAAAAAUGAACCCUGCUGGCUAGUCGGGCAAAGUACAAAUGUUAGUAAACAAUGUUCGAAAAGCAAAUUUAUACAGUAAUCUGUUAUUGAUAGGGUUAGGGCAAGGUCAUUUUUGUAAAUUAUUGGGUUUUAAUUGGGUUGAAAAUCAAAAAAUUGAAUAACACUACGCUACCCUACCCUAUUUUAUCCCACCCUAACUUAUCCUACCCUACCUUACCCUACCCUACCCUACCCUACCCUACCCUACCCUACCCUACCCUACCCUACCCUACCCUACCCCCUACCCUACCCUACCUUACCCUACUUUGCCCUAACUUCCUCUAUCUGGCCCUACUUUACUCUAUCGUACCUUACCUUACCCUACCUUUGCAGAAACCUUACCUAAGUCUUCCUGUAGCCCAACGUUAAAUGUACUGUUUCCUAAAUUAUAUUUCCUCUUCUUACUUUACUUGCGUUAACAUUCUCUACAGUAGUCUACCCUACCCUACCUUCCCCUACCCUACCCUGCUUAACUUUGUCUUACUAUACUCUACCUCACCCUCUGCCGCCCCUUUGCUACACUGUUUUUCCAUCCCUAACCCCACACUCACGCCUCUUCUAUGAUUUCUAUUAGAGAAGACUGUCCAAGCUCUAAAAGCCUAAAAUCAAGUUCAAAAAGUUGUAUUUUAGCCCCUAUUUUGCAUCCAAAGCCCUCAAGUUAAAAAAUAAAAUUUGUUUUUGAUUAAAAGUAGCCAUCUCCCCAAACCGUGUGGUCAAUUCUGUUUCUUCCGCUCCUCCGACACAAACACAGCGAUUUGUAAAAGCAGUGGAUAAACAAGUAAAUAUUUCUCGUUUCCAGUCGUAAACAAACGCAUUAGUCUUGUACACUGACCAGCAGCUUGUUGAUACAGACUUGGGGUUUUAUUAUACUAUAUUUUUAACUUUCCCAUGCCCAUUUUCUGUCUCCAGCAAUUCUUUUUUUUUAAAGUUUUACUUGGUCUAUUGAUUUUUUAAAAUCUAAAAAAAAAUUUUUUGGAAAAAGGAUGAACAUGGUACCCCCUGUUGAUUUUCGAAAAAAAUUUCAAAAAAAAUUUUUUUUUAUUUUUCCCCUUUCUUCUAAACAGAAAUUGCAUAUUUUUGUAGCCAACAUACUACCCAUGCCCAUUCAAAAUUAAAAACGGUCGAUAAAGCGCACAAAGUUCUACCACUUCCGUUGACUUUCAUUCCCAUCUGACAGUUUUUCAUUUUUGUCGCUGAUUUUUAACUUGAAUGAUUAGUGUCAUCUUACGAUGACUUUUCCGUUCGACCAGACUUUUUUCUACAAAAACAAAGAUUUUAAAAAAAUAAUAAUCCAAAGAUCUUUAUCUUGACAUAACUCAUAACCUAAAACAAUAACUUUUGACCAUGAAAGCGAAAACGUAAUCCUUCUAGAAUAGUAUUCGGUUCCGGAUCAUGCACGUAGUUUACCAUAAUAAAUUAAAGCACAGUAAAGUAAGACAAAAAAAGGUAGGGUAAGGUACGAUAGAAUAGGAUAGAGCUAGGCAACGCAGAGUAAGGUCCGGUAUGGUAGACUACGGUAGAGGAUGAUAGAGUAGAGUGUGGUAGGGUAAAAUAGGGUAGCCUGAAGUCCGGUAGGGUAGAUUAAAGGAGAGUAAGGUAGGUUAAUGUUAAAGAAGGCUAGGGAGACAAAUUAAAAAACGUUAAACGAUUUUUCAAAACUUUCAUGAUUUUAAUUCAUUUCAGCUACAGUACCCAAUCCGACAAACCAGUACUAGCAUGUGAGCUCCAGCGGCCCAAACCGCCCACUGGGUUGAUUGAUUUGGACAAAGAAUUCCAACGAGUUUACAACGAAUUCAGAAGCAUGCAUGGUAGUUUUGGCAAGCCUGGACUGUAG